AAAGGACCAAGAUUUUUUCUCACUCUUAUUUUAUUACGAAUUACGAACAAAACAUUCAAAGAUUCCUCAAGUCAGCCCCUGAUCCAGGCUGUGGUGCCUACGUUGGACAGUGUGGUGCUAACACCAACUUUACUGAUCCGGCCAUCAAAGGAAGGCGUGGUCUAGGAUCAAGGUGUAGGGGUGAUAACCCCCCCACAAAUCGGCUGCAUGUAGUGUAACGAUCCAAUUUAACAGAGAUUAUAUCAGCCCUUAGACAUUACCUUCUACAUUCAAGAUGAACAAUGAAGAUUGCUGCAUUAUAUCAGUUAGUGGUUUGGUGUGGACAUUUUGGCUUGCUGUGGUGGUGGUCUUCUCCCAGAAGCUGCAGGUGUGCUGACCAUCCAGAUAUUGCCGUCAAGGUCGACCUUCACCAUCACUAUAUAAGCCUCUACACACUCCACCUCCACACCACUCGCUCAUCCUCCACAACCAGAACUAGUCAAACAUGAUCACUAAGGUUGCUAUAACACUGGCGAUGAUAGGGGUAGCUAACACUUACCCUAUUGACCCCUAUGGUCCCCCAUCACAACAACCAGCCUACCAGCAGGAUGGCAUGCCAUACAACUUCCAGUACAGCGUCAAGGACAAUUCCGGCAACGACUUUGACCAAGCAGAACAGUCUGAUGGAAACACUGUCAAGGGGUCUUACACUGUGCAGCUUCCCGACGGCCGCAAACAGACGGUGAAUUACGUUGCCGACGACAACAGCGGGUAUCAGGCUCAAGUGAGUUACCAAGGUGAGGCCCAGUACGCCCAGGUGACCGGUCCACCAGUCACCUUCAAGCCACAGCCCUCGUACCAACCCCAGCCAUCGUACCAGUCCCAGCCAUCGUACCAACCCCAGCCAUCGUACCAACCCCAGCCAUCGUACCAACCCCAGCCAUCUUACCAACCCCAGCCAUCGUACCAGUCCCAGCCAUCAUACUAGUCCCAGCCCUCAUACCAGUCUCAACUCUCAUAUAUACCUGGACUCUCUUACUAGCCACAGCCCUUACACCAGCUGUGGCCAUCACACUAGCCCCAUCCCUUAUACCUGCUCCAGUUCUCAUAUCUGUCUCAGCCCUCAUGUCAACCCUAUUAUUAACCUUGUCCUUCAUACCAGCCGAAGACUUCUUAGCAAAGACAAAGAGCAAGUAGUGUAAACUGAGACCAACUUUCAAUAACAUUAUGGCCUUGUAACCUCAUUAUCCGAGUAAGUUUUCCACAUAAAGCCAAAUUAUAAUGAAGGCUAGUUAAAAUCCCUCCAUUAAUGAAGGAGUUAUUUUUCUGGGAGAGAAGACUGUCUCGCACUAACUCAGCAGGGUUAAAAAUAAUAAUAACUAGUCAACAGAGAAUGUCUUCCACCUAACAAUGUAAAAUCACCGUUCAUCGUAAAACUUCCUUAAGUAAUCUGUAAAAGAACCAAAAUGUAUAAAAUAAAUACGGUAUAGAAAUGAAUAAAGA